UUGCUAUCCAUUUCCACGACGGCCCAAAUAAUACACUUCUCAUCAGUUUGCAACUUCGGAGAAGAAUCAGUACGCCAUGGAAAUGGGCCGGCGAAUAUUGAACGAUGCAUUGCGUACAAUUGUGAAUGCUGAAAAGAGAGGCUUUGCUUCAACUCAGCUCCAACCUGUCUCCAAUGUCAUUGCUAAUUUUCUGCAAAUUAUGAAAUAUCGAGGUUAUAUCAAAGACUUUGAAGUGCAUGAUCCUCAUAGAGUUGGUAAGAUAACUGUUCAAUUGCUUGGAAGAAUUAACGAUUGUCGUGCUCUCACCUACAGACAAGACAUCAAGGCUGCAAGCAUGGAGAACUACAAGACACGUACAUUACCAACUCGUCAGUGGGGCUAUGUUGUUAUUACAACCCCAAAUGGAGUUCUGGAUCACGAAGAAGCAAUGAGACAAAAUAUGGGUGGUCAAGUUAUUGGCUACUUUUAUUGAACCAAGUUUCAGUCAAAGUUCAAGUUUCAGUAUUGCCACAUGUUGGAUUCGAUUUACAUAUGUUACUGCCAUUAAUUUUAUAGCUAUGGACACUUGCAACACAACCAGGGAUAUCAGGUCUUUCUAUCCCCCAAAUAACUUUGGCUCUCAGCAAUACUAGUUUCUAUUUUUCUCUUUCUUAAUAACUGCUUUGGACUAUGUUGUAUCUCAGCAGAUUAAGGGGUAAAAGGCUUUAGUCAUCAUGUUGAUUACUGAUGCUGUUGCUGCAACUACAACAGAAGACGGGCGUCUAAAGCUCUAAAAUUUUGGUUUAUGUAUUUUAUGAUGACUUAGCUAUGGAAUUUGAUAUGCAUAAGAGCGAACAGUGCCAAAAGUUGUAGGACAAACUGGUGCUUAACCAGAUUUAAGAAAUCACAAAAAGAGUAUCUAUUCAGGAAAAAUGUGCUUGUUUUGAGAAGCAGAAUUCAAUUUCGUUGGCAUUUAGGCAACUGUUGUCUGUCAGCCUGAGUAUACAAUAGUCAAUACUCGAAUUAUAGUAGCAGCAGUAAUGCAUUCAAACUCCAACGCAGAUCAAUCUUGGCACAAAGCAAAGUCCAACUUUAGCUGAUUGAGAUAGUGUAUCACAUAUUAUGAUAUCAACCAUUUAGAGCAACAUGUCAUAGCACAUUGUGAAGUAGCGAGUUUUUUAGUCCCUUUACUAGUCAUCACAACCUCACUCACCUAAAUUGGUCAUGCCCUAGCUGCCAUGUGACAAGCUGACACAACUCUGGCUCGCAACAAGGUAGUGUGGCUGGCUCCUGAUACUUCGAUUCCAAACUAGCUCGUGAGGUGAAUGGUCGCGAAUAGUGGAACUGUGUCACAAAACAUAAAUGCUGUACUCCACUAAAUAUCGUUUAUUUUACAUAUUUCUAUACCACAAUCCCCUACCAUUUCAGCAACAAUUCAAUUAGGAUUAGGAUCAUCCAUUAAAAAGGAAUGCAGCAAUAAAAGGCGAAGGAAGUGACCGACCACUCAUAAGACUAUCCAAUAUACCACACUUCCACAAAUUAAACAGAUCCUUUCUAAAUGAUCAUAAAGUCUUCAAUCCGAAAAAGCACGGGGCAAGGCCCCUUACCAAUAGCUUUUGGAAAAAA